AUGCUUGCGCGCAGCGCCGUCCCCGGCCACCUCCUCCGCUCCGCCGCCGCCAUCAGUGUACCUUUGAUUUGUUCCAGCAAAGCAUCAAGGACACUGGACAAGACAAUAGGAAACUUGGAGACGGAGCUUCCGGCUGCAAGGACACUGCAGGGGUCAUUCCUCAAUGGCUCUCCGGUUUCACAAGAGUAUAAGGCCUUCGAGUCGUCUGGAAGGCACAAGUACCUCAUGAUCAUCAGCAUCAACACAGCUUUCAGCAGCUGUAAGAGGAGGGAUUCCAUCCGCAAUACCUGGAUGCCACAAGGAGAGAAGAGGAAAAAACUGGAGGAAGAGAAGGGCGUCAUAAUUCGUUUUGUCAUUUGUCACAGUGCUAUUUCAGGUGGAAUUGUGGAUAGAGCAAUCGCGACAGAGGAUAGAAAACAUGGAGACUUCAUGAGACUUGCUCUGAACAUGGUCUGAUGUUGGGCCGAAGAUCCAAGGUCUGAAGCGUUCAAGCGGCAUCUUGCCAGGGUACCUGAUUUCCUGUGGAUCUCAGAAGAUGGCAUGAAGGUGGAGGUAUGGUGAUAUUUUGGUUUUCAUGCACUUCUAGGUACUUUGUUGUGUUGCGCUGUUUUUGUUUAUGUUAUGUA